UCUAGACCUAACACAUUAUCUAGCUCCGUACACUAAUUUCUGAUGCUAGACAACUCCCUUCACUACAUUAUGAAACUAUAUAAUGAUUAAAAAUUAUCCAGCGCCGAUCAAUACCAUUUAGGGUGCUGGAGAGUAGAUAUACCUUCCCCCGUUCAUUCUGGUAAGAUACAGGAAAUUAAACCUUAUCUAGCUCCGUUCCCUACAAUAUAAUACAGGACAUGAAAUAUACCCGGACAACAUUUAAGUUUGAUAAAAGGACAUGUUUUUAAAAUCAGAAAAGAAAUUUAAUUCAGUUAUAUUUAAAGGUGGUUAAUUAGACUUCGAUGGAGUAAUGGAUUGGGUGAAAGUGAUCAUUUACGCCGAUUUACGUUCACUGAAUGUUUAAUACAUGUGCGAUUUAAGGUCGCCCGCUACACAGUACAGUGAUAAUGACGUCACACGGUCGAUUUUACUUUCUCGUAAUGGCAAUAAGCUUGUGCUCUAACUUUGCAGAAUCGAAUGAACAAGACAGUAUUCCGCCCUUCAUUGCUGAUUCCUUAAAACAAGCAUUUGAAGACGGUGGCACUCCUGCCGUAAAGACACGGAUAACUGAAAUCAUGGACAGUUGGAAAAACGAAGUAAUAAAUAUCGGUGUAACCGGAAAUUCUGGUGUAGGUAAAUCCAGUUUUAUAAACGCAGUACUUGGACAUUCGCGUGAAGAUGAAGGAGCAGCCGACGUUGAUGAAAUCGAGACAACGAAGAAAGUAACCCCUUACAAGCACCCUAACAAUGAAAAGCUUAUUUUCUGGGAUUUACCAGGUGUCGGUACACCAAACUUCCUUCAAGACACAUACCUUGCAAAAAUUGGUGUUGAUAAGUUUGACUAUUUCAUUAUACUAUCUGCAGAAAGAUUUACGGAGAACGAUUUAUGGUUGGCAGAAAACAUGAAGCAAAAACAGAAAAGAUUUUAUUUUGUUCGUAGUAAAAUCGAUGUGUCGAUUGCAAACAACAGACGAAGUUGUAAGAAACAUAAUGAAAUGGAUGUGAUAAAUAAAAUACGAGCAGACUGCAUGAAAAAUUUGGAAAACGUGAUAGGAAGUGGUGAACAAAUACCAUUGUUUCUUGUUGACAACUAUGACACUAACAAGUAUGAAUUUAGUUUAUUCUCUCGCCGUCUAAUAGUUGAUGCUCCUCAAAUGAAAAGAGAAGCCUUGAUACUGUCAGUCAACCAACUUUCUGAACAAAUCAUUUUAACUAAAAAGGAAGUUUUGUCUAAACAAAUUCUUAUGACUGCGUUAAUGUAUUCAGGAAUUGGAUUAUUCGUCGAUACGCCUGGUGAAGAUUUAGUUUAACAUCUUAAAAUUCUUGAGGAACAGAUACAAUUUUACCGGACACAGUUUGGUCUUGACGAAAAGUCAUUGCUUAGGUAUGCUAAACAAUUAGGAAUGUCCGUGGAUGAAAUGACGGGCAAAUUAGACCUUCAGACACCUAUUAUACAUAUUGUAAAUCUGCUCACUAAUAAACACUUCAGAAAUAUUGGAAUUGCCAAGACAGCUGGUUUUACAGCUUCCUUACUGAAAUAUGUCUGGACUGGAUUCGGACACGUUGCAAGUGCUACCGCGUCCUUUGCUUCCACUAAGAUUUGUCUGGAAAUCUUACUUGAUUUGAUGGUUGAAGAUGCUUUAAAGAUAAACAAACACGAAGUGUUGAAGUAAAUAAAGAUUCUGAACAAAAUCAAUCAAAGCAUACAAGUGCAACUUUUGCAGUAGCGGAUAUAUUUUUUCUUGCAAAAAUGAUUACGCAAUAUAUUUCUAAACGGAAUAGAACAGUGAAAAUAGAAGUAAUAAUUUCCAAAUACUUUAUUGACGUUGAAAAUAUAUACAGCAAAACAAGCAAUGUGACGCGACGUUAUCACAUUUUUUUCCAGCGACAAGCGAUAAUUAUUUGAAGAUUAACACACGUUUUCGUUUUCAUCUAUAUUUGUAACUGCUGCGACAUUACUAUAAAUGAGAGAUUUUCCUAACUUUUUUGGAACAGGCCACAAUAGAAAAAGAUAACGAAUUUGAAAUUUAUUGGAGAUUUUAUUUGCAGUUCAAGUGCCCGGCGUACGCCGAAGCGUUAGUUUAUUAAUAAACCGGCGAUUGUUUUUUUUUUCUUGCCGCUGACGUGCCUGGCAUGCCCCGGGUUAUUUGAAAUAAAUUUGCCCCACAGAUGCUGUGUAGUAACGGUUAUGAUUGCAAAAUAUGGCAUUUGGUAAUAAAAUGCCUUUAACUGGAUAUCAUUUUUACAGUGAAAGUUCUCCUUUCAAGCUAUACUUAAUAUGCUGAAUAUUUUAAGUAUAGAGGUGGCCAAUGCAAUUUAAACAAUAAUAUUACAGUUUUUCUCAAUUAGAAUAUCUAACGGAAUAAAGAAUCUUAAACACAUAUAACCAUGAA